CACACUGACAAUGACAUUUCCUUCCGGUAACAAAAUAAGAGGAGCUAGUUUUGUUAGCCUGCGAAAAUGAGUUUGUUUUUGCCUAAAUUAACUUGCAAAAAAGACAUAGAUGAAGUGAUCAAAGGUGUUGCAGAGAAGGUUGUAGUUCUGAGGUUCGGCAGAGACGAAGACUCAAUUUGUCUGCAGCUCGAUGAGAUUUUGUCAAAAACUGCCCACGACCUCAGCAACAUGGCGUCGAUCUACAUCGUCGAUGUGGAUAAAGCUCCGAUUUACACGAGAUACUUUGACAUCAGUUACAUCCCCUCCACGGUUUUCUUCUUCAACGGGCAGCACAUGAAAGUGGAUUAUGGCUCCCCAGAUCACACCAAAUUCAUCGGCAGUUUUAAGACGAAGCAAGAUUUCAAGGACCUGAUUGAAGUCAUAUACAGAGGAGCCAUGCGGGGAAAGAUGAUUGUCCAGAGUCCCAUAGAUCCUCAAAAUAUUCCCAAAUUCGAUCUCCUCUACCAUGGAAUUUAGACGCAACACGACCACUGUGUGGCCUUGUGAAACUCUUCAUCGUCUUGUGGCAUUUUGUUAUUUCCCACGGAAAUCAGCUGUGUAUCAGCAGAGAGAUGCAGUAAAUUUAUCCAAUGUACAUGCUCUGCUGUGAAAAUAAACUUUUAUAUUUUAUCAUG